UCCCAGCCCCCAUUAUGACAGUGGCCACUGGAGACCCAGCAGAUGAAGCUGCCGCCCUCCCUGGGCACCCCCAGGACACCUAUGACCCCGAGGCGGACCAUGAGUGCUGUGAGAGGGUGGUGAUCAACAUCUCGGGAUUGCGAUUUGAGACCCAGCUCAAGACUUUGGCCCAGUUUCCAGAGACUCUCUUAGGGGACCCUAAGAAGCGGAUGAGGUACUUUGAUCCACUCCGAAAUGAAUACUUUUUCGACAGGAACCGCCCCAGCUUUGAUGCCAUCUUAUAUUACUACCAGUCUGGGGGCCGGUUAAGGCGCCCCGUGAAUGUCCCCUUGGAUAUCUUCUCAGAAGAAAUCCGUUUCUAUGAACUGGGCGAGGAGGCGAUGGAGAUGUUCCGAGAGGAUGAAGGCUACAUCAAGGAGGAAGAACGUCCUUUACCAGAAAACGAGUUUCAGAGACAGGUGUGGCUUCUAUUUGAAUACCCAGAGAGCUCUGGGCCGGCCAGGAUUAUAGCUAUUGUGUCUGUCAUGGUGAUUUUGAUCUCCAUCGUGAGUUUCUGUCUGGAAACUUUGCCCAUUUUCCGGGAUGAGAAUGAAGACAUGGCUGGUGGUGGGAUUCCUUUCCAUACCUACUCUAACAGCACCAUCGGGUACCAACAGUCCACUUCCUUCACUGACCCUUUCUUCAUCGUGGAGACACUGUGCAUCAUCUGGUUCUCCUUCGAGUUCCUCGUCAGGUUCUUUGCCUGUCCCAGCAAAGCCGGUUUCUUCACCAACAUCAUGAACAUCAUUGACAUCGUGGCCAUCAUCCCGUACUUCAUCACCCUGGGGACCGAGCUGGCCGAGAAGACAGACGACGCCCAGCAAGGCCAGCAGGCAAUGUCACUGGCUAUCCUUCGUGUGAUCCGGUUGGUAAGAGUCUUUAGGAUUUUCAAGCUGUCCAGACACUCCAAAGGGCUCCAGAUCCUAGGUCAGACCCUCAAGGCCAGCAUGAGAGAAUUGGGCCUCCUGAUAUUCUUCCUGUUCAUCGGGGUCAUUCUCUUCUCUAGUGCUGUCUAUUUCGCAGAGGCAGAUGAGCGAGAUUCCCAGUUCCCUAGUAUCCCCGAUGCCUUCUGGUGGGCAGUCGUCUCCAUGACAACAGUAGGCUACGGAGACAUGGUCCCCACCACCAUUGGGGGAAAGAUUGUGGGUUCCCUUUGUGCAAUUGCAGGUGUCUUAACUAUUGCCUUACCAGUCCCCGUCAUAGUGUCCAAUUUCAACUACUUCUACCACCGGGAGACAGAGGGAGAGGAACAGGCCCAGUACUUACAAGUGACCAGCUGUCCAAAGAUCCCAUCUUCCCCUGACCUAAAGAAAAGUAGGAGUGCCUCCACCAUUAGUAAGUCUGAUUACAUGGAGAUCCAGGAAGGGGUAAACAACAGCAAUGAGGACUUUAGAGAGGAAAACUUGAAAACAGCCAACUGUACCCUGGCUAACACAAACUAUGUGAAUAUUACCAAAAUGUUAACUGAUGUCUGAUUGAGACCUAUUAGCAUAUUUACAGCUCAAGUGGAACUAAUGCAGAUAUUGCGUAAUAGCCUGCAUUGUAGCUGUGUCCUAACCGCGUGUACUUGGUUAUGCAUGGAAAGCAAGAAUUGUGAAGUGAUUUUUUUUAAUUUCUUUAAAAAUAUUUUUUUAAAUUUAGAACACAGACUACCCUGUAUGUGGCUUUCAUGCAGACUCUCAUCACAGAUUUAGGGGUUUCCAAAGACUGAAGGUACAGAAAAGUAUAGAAAGACAACUCAGGAAGUCAGGAUUCAGAAAGGGACAUCGGAACCAUCUCAUCUCAGCAGCAUGACCUAUAAUAGUGUCAGCGUGUCACCUCUUCCAAUUAACUGCCCUUAACACAUGCAAGGGACUCCCCUCCCCAUCAGCCCUUCCUCCUUCCUUCUUCCUUUCCCCUGCUCCCUCCUUUUUUCCCCUCCCUCCCCAUAGCCAGAAAGGAUCCUGGCUUCCCUUUUUAAGCUCUGGUAACUAUUCCAAAUGUCAUCUCCAUGUUUUGCAUUGAAAAGAACACACAGCAUUGCGUGCAGAAAUCACUUUCUGUGUCACCGGCUUGGUGAGAUGCAGUUGCCAAGUGGAGGGCUGCUGAGGCUGGUUUCAUAACGGAAAAUACUGCAUUCGACUCUUUCUCUGCAGUGUCAGUGUGAGGCCCAGGGGAGGGACAGCCAGUGUGACCCAAGAUGGGCUGUUAAGACUCGAAUUUCAAACUCAAGUCUUAGGGGACAAAGCAACCUCAAAGGCUAAGGAAUCUCUCUGCCUAGAAAGUCGUCGUCUCGGUACCAUUUUCAGGGUCUCCAAAGAGAAGGACCAAUCCCUCCAUGACACCCAAGUUUCCCAAAGUCUCCUUUAAUAACAUGGUAGCCUCUUGACAUACUGAUACUGCAGUGAAACCCAACAGUGCUUCAGCACGCUGCAUGGGGAUUUGUUGCAUGAAUCUCAAUAUUUAAUACACAUGAGAUUAAUCUGUUGUUGUUGUUUUUUUUCAGAGUAGCCUACACACACAGUAUUCAUGCUUAUAGUAUUGAUAGACUCAGAAUGGCACUGAGUUAGGGGACUUAAAAAAAAAAAAAAACACGGGAAGCCAAAAGUCCUUAUUCGGGAGGGGAAAAGACCUAGCGUGAGGCUCCCUGGGAAAAGAGAAGCCAGACCUUCCGCGUGCACUCCACAGUUCUUCCAGGCAGGGGCUCAGACCUCUGCCGAGCCCAGAAGGUGAUGUAGCAGGGAAAAAAGCCUGAGCAGAUCGUGUGGACUGCACCCUAGUCGUUACUCUUGUUGCAAGCAGGAUUUUUACAGUUGGCCAGAGCAUUUAGUCGUGCCGGCAGGUGGAUCUAUGGAUCCGAUGUACAUAUAUCCAAUAUCACCUUCAUGUGUUCCUCAACUUACCUACCUACCUAGCUAGAGAUAAAAAAAAUAGUUGCAUUCAAACAUGAUAUAAGCUUAUGCAAUAUUUUUGACACAGGGCAAUUUAUGCAUGUGUUCUGACUAUGUGCACUAAUGCGUGUAUAUGUCUUGCUACAUAUACACGGGCAAACACAUGACACACACAAAUAUAAGUAUAAAUAGUAGUUAUAUAUAUAUAAAUAUGUAAAUGUAUACUCUCUGGAGUUCAGGUUCAGAGGGCAAAACCAUUGCUCUGUGAGCUGGGGAAAUGACUCAUGCAUGUCUAAGAGGGCUCACGAGUUCAUGUUGGAUUGAUCCUCAUUUUGGAUUGGUUCCCCCACUGGGCCAUGGUUUGCUGCCAUCACCUGAGACACUCCAGCCUGUGUGGUUUCUUAGACCAUUACAAAAUGUCUUUCUGCCCUUCAUGUGCUGCAGCUCCAGUCCCUGUGACUGAAGCUUGUCUUACUGAGUGCACAAGGGCCUAUGGCCCUCAUGGUUCCCUCAAGAUGCCCCUUGGCCUGGCCCCAGGGGCAACCUUUUCAUCACCAGUCCUGAAACCCAGCGGGACAGAAUUAACUCCAUCACCAUCUUCCCACAUCCACCCCCCCCACACACACACACACACAUACACACUCCUCCUCUCCUUUGGAUUUCCUUUUCACCUGGCUCUGUUUACCCCACCACUUCUGUGGCUCUCUCCUCUCCAAGUCUCCUGAUUCAGUACCCAGGUUAACAAGUAAUAGGACUUUUCUGAGACCCAGGAAUUUCGGUCCUUGACUGAACUCUCUCUUACUAUCUAGAACUCUCUCUUCCCUAUUACCUAAAAAAGUACCAAGGUGAAUCUGCAGAUCUGAAAUUUCUGUGGUUCAUAAACUCUGUUCGGGUUAUCAGACUCAACCUCAUCCCCCAUAACUCCUUCUUCCCAUUAGACCUGCUCAAGAGAGAAUGUGACACAGUAGAGAGGGCAAUGGUGCCCUGGGCUUCAGUCCUGUCUCAGAGAUUUCCUAGGUACAUGAUUCUGGACAAGUCACUUAUUUCCCUUCCAUCUUGUAUCUGUAAAAUAAGAAUAUGGGAUUUGGUAGAUCCCCUAGCAUCCAUUCAGGGACUAAAUCUAUUUUCUAGAGUGGAUGGCAUGAGUUGUUUCCUUUAUUCUUCUCUCCUUUUCCCCUCCACCAGCCUCUCCCUGGAGGAAAUUAAUGAGCAAUGAGAAUACCUAAAGCUUUGCAAGGAGAGCCAGUAUCAGAGCCUUAUGCUAAGGCUGAAUUGAUCUAAGAUUCACAUAAAACAAGAAUGUAACUCUGUGAGCUCCAACUUGACUCUUAGGUAUCUGUGUCAUAGAUUCCCCCCCCCCCCCUUGUCUUAUCAAUUUGCUCGGUGCCUAGAGUUGUCGUGGGGAGAAGGAGUCAGUGGUUCUGAAUCACUUCUGUGCAUCGAUUUCUGGGCACAGUAAAGGGUUACUCUCAUGGACUAACAUGUUUUCAUGUGUUUUCAUUCACUCAACUUUAUAUACAUCCAGUCCAUCUGAGGCUAUUCUGAAUCUCCAAGAAUUAGGAAGGCUGGGGAAGGGUAUGUACCCAUCUUGAUAAUAGUUGAAGAGGAAGCAUCCCAGAUGUAAUAGAGUCUAGAUCAGGACUGUGGAUAUUUUAUUACAACAUCAUUCUAGAGAGAAGUUAAGAGCAGAAGAUUCCCCUGUAAGAUAGAAAGUGUUCUGAAAAACAAAGUGAAAAACAAUCCUCUGAUUAGGAGACACAAUUAUAUGCAAUAUACAUAUGUGCAAAAGAUACACAAUAUGACAUGGAAAAUACACAGGACCAGACCUAUGUGGUCCUACCCACAAUUCAAAUGCACAAAUAAAACAUGCACAAAUAAUACACACACGAGAUACAAAACACAAACAGAGACACAACCAACACAUAUCAGGAGAAUCAACAUUUCUCUGGUCAUAAAGCUAUAAAUGAUAAGCACAAACAAAAAUACUCUCUAAAAUAAGGUUUAUCCACUCAUAUUUCCUGCACAUACACACACACACACACACACACAUACACAAACAUACCAGCGACUUAGGGCUGCUUUUAUACUCCCUGAAUUCUUUCAGGGAUAUCUGCUUUUGUAUCUCUUGAUGACUCUCCCAUUCUCCUCUUCUGAUCUUUCUCUUCUCUUCUUUCUACCCCAUCUACUCCCAAUUUUUCUUGUCUAAGGAGAAAACUCCAUUUGCACAUAAAGAUAGGGGAUUGGACCAUCUCUUUCAGACAGGCUUCUGAUUGGAGCAGGGAAUCUUAUAAAAUAUGCCAUCAAAUCACUUUCCUCCGAGAAAUCUGGGAUGCAGACAGAGCAAGUAGUGAUGGAUGUUCAAACUCAUUGCCCUACAGUACCACUUCCACCAAAGAAUAUUGCCUCCCCCAGGCCAUGUCUAUACCAUGAUUCCAUUAAUUUGGUGGGUUUUGUUGUUAUUACUAUUGUUCAUUUAUUCAUUUGUUUUGGAGGGGUGGUAGAAUGGAAGCAGCUAGAUGGCACUGUGGAUAGACCACUGACCUGGGAAUCAGAAACCUACAUUUUAAUCCUAUUUCAGAUACUUAGCAAUGUCAGGACUGGAUCCAAUACUUAGUUUCUCUCAGUCUCAGUUUCCUCAGCUCAAUAAAAAGGAGAUUUUAAUAGCACCUUCUUCACAGGGCUGUUGCACAAAUCAAUAAGAACUAUAUCAAGCACUAUAUAAAUAUUAGCUAACUUUAUUGUUAUUAUUUUUCCUGCAUUACUGGAAUCUCUAGACUCAGCCCUACUUUUUUGUGGUUUCUGGCUACUGAGAAAAACAAUGGGGUCAAGGACUGGGAAUGCAGAGGAAUACUAAGGAUGUCACUGUGAAGUCCUCCCUAUCUCUAGCUUCAUCCAUAGCCUUUGCUGGGAUCAUGGAGAGUCAAUCUACAUAAAUAAGAAGAAAUUACAUUUUAUCUGGGGGGGGGGGGGAGAGAAUAGUUAGCUUUCCUUCUUGAAACAACAAUUCCCUGGAUCUUAGCUCCUGAAGUCAAAGGUCUACUAUUAAUCACACUGGGGUUGCUAAUGAACUUGGCAGUUUAUGUAUCAUGAGUGGUUUAUAAAAAGUGGCUUCCCUCCAGCCCUCAGUACAUCCUUAGAAGCCAGUUGGUGAGACUUAAGAAAAGGCAAACUCCUUUUAAGGCUAACCUAAGGGAACAUAGGAAGCUAAAUUGAUUACCUUAAAAAAUUGGGGACAGAAUGCUGGAUUGUGUUAUUUAUGUUGGAGUUAGACACAAGGACCGUAUCUGUGAUUUCCUAUGUAUAGGACACAAGUGAGAAGAUUCCCUCUACCAUUGUCAGUCGGCACCUUCUUUUCAACAAUCUUAAAAGAGUUGCCUAGAACACUGAGAUAAAACCAAGGUUAAAUGGCUUAGCCAGUCUCACAAAAAAGUCCAUUGAAGGCAGGACUUGACUCUGAAGUUUCUAGGCUUCAAGGUCAGUUCUCCAUUUACUAUACCACUCCAAAAUCUUAGUUACAUGAUUUAAGGGUUGUUCACCAUUAUGGAUUAUCUCCAUGUGUCACUAGUUCCUCUGAACUCAUGAAUAAUUGAGUUGACUUUCUAGUUUGUCCCCAAUGAAGGCCUGUAGUUGAAGCAAUACUUCUGGUCAGAGUUUGUUAGGGUUUAUGUGGUGCUUUGAAAUCUCUUUCUCUAUUUCUCUGGGUGUCAGUCUCUUCUCUUCUCACUUUCUUUCUUCCCCUCUUUAAUCCCUCUCAUAUUAUUUUUCUCUCUCUUUCCCCCUUAAUCUGGACUCUGUAGGUUCUAGAUACCUCAUGGCAACAGGAUGGCAUUUUAGAAAAAAAAGUAGAGCCCCCAAAUUUAAAUUCCCAGGACAGCCUGACUUCAUCUCACUGCCUCCAAGCCCCCAUGGGAAAGGCUAUUCCUUAAGCUAUUCCACUGGCUGAAAAUGUGAUUCCCUAGCCCUAGUGCCUGUGUCAUCACCUAAAGUGAAAUAACCCUCAUCAUCUUCUUUGACUUUGGUACUUGUAGCCAAUGAGACCUCCAGCCAAUGAACUCCUUCUCCAUUGGUCCCUUUCAUAAACCAUCAGCACCAGUCCUCUUGGCAGUGAAUGUAGACAGAGCUUCUUUCUGCCCGUUCUUCCAAAGUCCCUAAUGCUUUAGGGAGAUUUUCUUGUCAGUGCUAUUCAUAGCUAUAGAGAGCAGGACACAAUGUGAAAUAUCUCAUGAUCAAAUAUUAAAAUGCACCCCAACCCCAUCAUCCAGGAGGCAUGUGUUCUGGACUAUCUAUCCAGAAGUGGAAAUUGGGUUGAACUGAGCCACUCAUUCAUUCAUUCAACAAACAUUCAUCCUUCUAUCUUUUUUCUCCAGUUCCCCCUUGUGACCAGCAGAAAGCCCUCACAAGGUAGUCAGUUUGGUUUAAGCACAUGGUCUACCACUGCAGAAGGGAGUCCUCCCCUCUUUUACCCUCAUUGCCCAUCAAUUCACACCUAUGCUCUUAGUCUCCCUGAUGUUCUAACCACUUGAGCUGAUUAGCAAAUAAGCAUGAGUCAGGGAUGUUCUCCAGGAUUGGGAGGCAGCCUGGGGUAGUGGACAGAGCAUUAGACUUAGAGCUAAGAGACCUGGGUUCUACCCAAAAGAUCUGCCCCUAAUCAAUUAGCUGUGUGACCCUAAGCAAAUUGCUUAUUCUCUCAGGGCCUCAGUUUCCUCAUCUGUAAAAUGAGGAGAGAAGACCAGAUCUCCUCCAAAGUCCCUCCCAGUUCUGUCAUUCUAUGAGUUCUAGUGGACAGUCUUUAUCCUCAGGUCUGGCCUUACGCUAUUCUCAGAGUCCAGCUGUGACCUUCACCUUUGGCUAAGAUUCUGGAUCUCUGACACAUACUCUGCUGGGCCAGACCCUCCCUCAAAGGAAAGCAAGCUGGUCAAUACUGCCUACCCUAAGCUCACCUAAGCCUCUCCCAUUCCCAUCUAUCACACUCCCCCAAACCCUAAUUUCCAUUUUUUUCAUAUUUUAUUUAUCUUUUGAAAAAAAAAAAAAGGAGGAAAAGUGCAAUAAAAUAAAUAGUGACUGUUUUCUUUAGCAAUAGCUGUUUUAAAACCUUGCUCUCAGGACUGAAUAGUGACAGCACCUGGAUUCUAGGAUAAAGACCAGGGUCCCCGGGUGUUCACUCACCAUUCAGUAACUUCCUCUCUCCUUGGCACUCGGGUGGUCCGAGUCUGAUUGCUUUAGCCCCUGACCCUACUUCCAGGAUGUAAUGUGUGCAGAUAGGAAACACCAAUGGGAAGCAGGUCAGCUAGACAGCAAGGAGGUGGGGAUGGGGGGGAGAUUGCAUGUACACAACUUGUUUUUUUUUCUAUUACUACUCUGAACUGGUGGGACUGCUGCCCAACGCCCCAGUGAUAAAACCAUAAAUCUGAAUAGGUCACAUUAGGCCAUCUAGUCCAUCUCAAUGCAAGCCCAAGAGAAUGGGCUUACCAAAAGACAAAUAAGGCCAUUAGGAAAAGAUCCUUUUCAUGGAUUAAGAACCAUUAUCUAAUCUUUUGGCCCUCCCUAAGUGGGAAAUGGUUCCUAAGGGCCUUUGGCCGAGUAUUUUAGCACUGGGACUUGGGCAGGGGCAGAAUGGAUGAAUUGUCUCCCUUCAAAAUGAACUCAUUGCUGACCUUUUUGAAGAACUCUUUAACCAAAAGAACAUGUAUGAAUGUUUUGGGCAGGGGGGUUGGGGUCAUGAUCAUCUGGGGAAAAUAAAUGGAGGCAUUCACAGUGACCCAGUUCUCAAAAUUCAGAUGAAUUGAGUUGGGAUAGGAGGUAGGGUCACUAUCUAUGUCAUAAUAACUCAUAGCCACAAAAUGCAACUGCACAAGGAAUGCACAAGCAACAAGGAGGUUUGGGAGAGGCCCCCUGAAUAUCUAGGUGUACAUAUACUUACUUGUAUUGGACAAUCUUGGCUGGUGGAUAGCUGAUGAUGGCCUGGGGGCCAUUACCUUCCUGUUUAAUCCACCCUGGCUCUCUUGCUCUCUCUCUCUCUCUCUCUACAUAUAUACACACAUAUAAAAGCAUAUAUGUGUAUAUAUGUAUAUAUAUGUAUAUAUACAUAUAUAUUACAACAAAACCUCGAUUAAUAGGAAUGGGGACACUCAGGGAAAGUGACGUACCAGUUAACUGAAUAAUCUGUCUGAUUGAGUGUUGACAAGAGUACACCCUUUUUGUUUCAAUGCUUAUUACUGAAAAUCUUCCUAAAAUAUACCAAUUAGUCCAUGUUUCCCUGACUUAGUAAAUAGAGUAUAUGUAUAGAUGUGAUUGAAGCUUUUGCAGGGUCAAUGAUUUUAAAUACUGUACAGGUCUACAGAUGGAGGAAGUCUGUGGAAUUAUGCUGGAUGAAAAUGGGUUUCAGGGAUAACUCCUGGAAAUUAGCAAUUGAAACAAACCCCUACUCUGAGCCUAUUUUAGCUACAUUUGCCUCUUUCUCCUAAAAGUAGAGUACGGGGACGGGGGGGGGGGGGGGGGGGGGGGGGGGAAGGGAAGAAAGCAAUUCUUGUUCAUUGAGGGUUUUGAUGACAUGGGUUCUGGUUAUUCGAGGUUUUUCAUCAAUACACAUAUGUGUAUAUAUAAUAUAUGUGUACAUAUAUGUAUAUGUAUACCAUGACUUCAGAAAUUAUAUAUACAAAGCAAACUCCCUUAGUUGAAUGAAUAUGAAAUAAAUUCAACAAACCAUGGAAUAAACUGCAUAUAUUUGGUUCUUUGUCCUUCUCUCCCCCUUUCCCCAUGAUCUCUACCCCUCUGCUUCUCCAGCUCAGCUACUCCUCCCCAAUUCUAGCCCUAUUUGGAAGACAGCUCUUUUUUAACAAAAGGAACAGGUAGAUUCCCACUUUGGAUCCUCCCGCCACCACAAGCCUAGCUCAUAUAUAAAAAGGGGUAAAUUCUCAAGCCCAAACUGUCAUCUUUACUCAUUCUGUCCGGCCUCUCUACAGAGGGCCAGCAACAUCCUUCCCAGCUAUGUCACCCUGGAGAAAGGGACAUUGAGAAUAUUCCACACGAGACCAAAUCAAGUAGUUCUCCCUAGCUUUGCUCUUCCCAGUUCUGUCUGCUUUCGGAUGUGACUGUCCUAUGCCCUGAAGAGAAUGUAUCUGUCCUUUACAACGCCUCAUUUUGAAAGUCUCCGUGGUACACGGAAGAGGGGUAAUCAUACUCCACUUGUUUUAAUCAGAUCUCUAGGGUUGAGGUAGGAGGGACUUCCAAGGCUUCAGUAACCCUGUGGGAAUAAGCAGCAUAGAUCACACUAGAAGCAGCCAGAUCAGGGCAAGGACAUCUGGAAACUCUUAAUUUACCCUGUCUGUUGCAUGCUAGACCUGUGCAUUUUAUAAUGUUUUCCAUAAAACUGGCCAGUGUCACCUUCUCCAGAAGGUUGUUUCAGUCUAGAAGAAGAAUCUCUGCAAAAUCCAGUGGAGCAGCUAGCAUUACAGUCAGCUGACUGGGUAAUGCUAGUAAACAGAUCUGGACCAUGAGAGGUACCACAGGUGCCAGCAGUGUUGAAUAUGGGCAAUGGACAAUGGUCAAGGGGGAUUGGGGACUAAAAGUGAACUCUAUCUUUGGUGUGAACCCUCUACAUAAGUGUCUGAAUGACCCAGGCUCUCUGAGUAAUAGCAGACCCACCCAUCCCCUCACCCUGUCACAAGUCAUGCUGUCAGGAGCUGGUGGGUAGGAACCUGUUUGGGUCCCUGUAGCCCCCUCCUCCCCACUUAGACAACUCAGAUGUUAACAAUGGCUUAAUCUGAUCUGUGUCAAAUUGCUGCUGAAAACCCAUCAUUCUAGGUGCACGGGGGCAGGUGUGUGUGCAGGUGCUGGAGCACCGAAGUAAUUAGGGCCAUGUGCUUAGGAGACCUUCCAUCUCCACUCAGAGCCCUUCCUUCUGAGCCCCUUCUCUGUUCUCACAAGAGGCCUCUAAACCCCUGCUGCUCCUUCAGAGCAUCCUGGCUGCUCCUUCAGAGCGUCCCGUUGCUCUGUCUGUAUGGACGGAGGAGGUGAGGGGAGGAGACCUUGCAGAGAGGGGCUCACUCCGCUGCCAGACGAUUUCCAGGUCAGCUCCUAGAAAUGCUGCCAAGGUCCAUGGGCCUUUGCCAUUCAUGAAGUGCAUUGGCAAGGGCAUUCAGAUUCCCAUUCAGGUGUGGUCACAAAAGGAGCAAAGGAAUCCCACAGGCCUCGGCCGGCUCCGCUGGACCAAGGGAAGGAGAGAAAACCUCAGGCAGGCGUGGGGUGGGCGAGGGCUGAAUGUGGCACCCCCUUGCUAUCCCCUUUUAUCUGGAUGCCAUAACCAGCUACCCCGUCUUCCUCUGGCAUCUCCAUAGCGACAAACUCCAACCCUCAGGAGGAAGGGAUGCUACCCUACUAAACAAGAAAGUCUGAGGGUCUCCCCCGCCUGCUGAGACAAUGAUGUGCUAGAUACAUUGUCAUCUUCCCCUGAAUUCCUGUGCCCAGGAGCCCCUCUCUUUCCAGGGCACAGUCUGGGUAGAGCCCAGAUUUGUAAUACGGUGACUAAUAGCUGGUGUCUAAAUGCUGGUGUUCUUCGGGCAUGUCGGAACACCACAGUAAACCUCUAGUUUGUGGGAUGCCAUUCCCUUUCCCAAACUUGUGUGUAUAUACAGUAUAUAUGUAUAUGUGUAUGUACAAUGUAUGUGGCGACUGCCUCUUACUUGGGCGCAUGCAGCUGUUUGUAACCAAGUGCAAAGACAUUAAUUAGGGGUUUGCACUGGCUUUCUCCUUACUCAAGACUGCAGCUGCCCCACAAUGUCCUGUCCCUGAUAAUUGCUGGAAAAAUGCAAAGGGGAGAAGCUGAUAAAUAGGCCUCACGGGAAUCAAUAGGAGAAGGAACUCCGAGACUGGUGGUUAAAGCUUCGUAAGAGUGAUUCCGAAGUGGAACUGUGGGUCUCCAUGGCAAUGGGAGUAUGAGGACCAAUGGGAGCCAAAGGCGGAGCAGGACUGGUGGGGAAGACUCUUGGGAAUUUAGGAGUUGUUUAACCAUUUCUUUGCUUGAUGAAAAUUUAGACACCAGCUGUAACAAUUGCACAGUCUGUAUAAAUGUUAUCAUUCUUGCUGACAUGUCCGGGGAGCUUUCGGACCCACCUCAACCCCCAUGCUGCUUAACCCAUACAACCCCCAUAACCCCCACCUCAAGCCCAGACUUCUGUAGCUGAGAUUCCCUGUGUCAGUAAGGUCUUUGUACAUAGAUUAUACAUACACAUGUACAUAUGUGCCUCAAUGAGCAUUGGCUGUCUAUCAUGGUUGUACAUAGACUUCAUAGAGUACCAUAAUUUUUUUUUGUAAAUAUGGACACAGGUAAAUAAAUAUAUAAAUAUAUAUUAUUGAGGAUUUAUUUUAACAUCAUUCUGUGUGAAAUGAAAAAUAAAAUUUUUAACAGACA